AAGCUGUUGGGGAGUUUGAUGUAGGGUACAGCCCCCUGGGUGUUCUCAGCACAGGUUGUCCUCUAAAGGGAUUAUGCCUGCUGUCCAACAAUGCUGCUACCCUCAGGUUGGCUGCUUCGGCACUCUGUGGUCAUGUGGUUGCUGUUUCACAGCUUAGUGCUGAUGACACUAUGUUUCCAACAUGCUGCGACUUCCUGCUCAAAGCGCUGCUACUGUUCAGACAAUGAGGACGCAUUUGGUGGUAAGACUAUGCGCUGCAGCAACCUGCAUCUUACUGAGAUCCCUCAGGAUAUUCCCAAUGACACACAACACCUGUACCUGGACUACAACCUCUUGACCAGCAUCCCUGCCAAUGCUUUUCAUGAUCUUCCAAUGCUAGCUGAACUGGAUCUUUCCCAUAAUGAACUGGCUUUGCUUGAACCUGGAGCUUUUAGAGGUUUGGCAGCCUCUCUACAGUUUCUGGAUCUCUCAUCCAACCAGCUCACAACGUUGGACCCUGAUGCCUUUGAAGGUGUUACAGCAAGAUCUAACCUCACUGGAAACCCCUGGCACUGUGACUGCAAAUUGCAGACAGCCUUUCCACAACUGGACCUAGAGCCUUUAUCUUUGACUGGCAUUAUCUGUCAGACAUCUGAACCCUCAGACUCUGCAGCCCAAGGUGUGCCUUUCCUGCUGGCCAAAGACCUGGACCUGUGUGUGGUGCUCAAAAAGACCACGGACGUGGCCAUGUUGGUGACCAUGUUUGGAUGGUUCACCAUGGUCAUCUCCUACCUGGUCUACUAUGUGAGACACAAUCAGGAAGAUGCCAGGCGCCACCUAGAGUAUCUCAAGUCUCUGCCCAGCAGGCAGGGCAAGUCUGAGGAGUCUUCCACCAUCAGCACUGUGGUAUAGUGCCAUGACAUGUGGAGGAAGCUUCUCAGGCUGCCAAAAAGCAAUGGGCACACUGGGCAAUGGGCUACUGGACUUAUAAAUCAUUGGAAAAACAAAGAAUAAUGGCUUUGUAUCCUUGAAUCACAGACCAUUCACUUCAAGAUACCACUCAGAAUUGAUCAGUACCCUCCCAAAGGACAAGGGAGAACUUCUGACAUAGAAUGCUUCGUGGUCAGUGGAGUGCAAUGUCUACAACAGGGGAAUGUGAAACAUAUCAUAGUAAAACCAUCCACAGACAUACACAUGGACAGAGAUGACUGGAGAGGGAAAUCACAGGGUCCAUCUAAUCCAAUUCAGAUGAAUAAUUGAUUCAGAAAUGUCUGAGCUUGAGGCUCCUCUUGACUAAGAGGUCUGUCUGCUCUGCCUGCUUUUAAAGUAGGCGUUGCCUGUUUUUUUUUUUUUUCUUCAUCCAGUGUUUCUUUUUUCAGCCAGAUCCCCAUUUAGCAGGCAACACAUGGAGCGUAAAGCACUCAUCCUACUGGGUGUUUACAAAAAGUACUGUUGUUGUCCUUGCAGGCAAUAUCAAUAUUUUCCAGAUAAACAAAUUCUUGCAUGCAUCAGUGAUUUUCAGUCUCACUAAACAUAGUAUACUGUGCAGAUGUAAAAGCACUGUAGUUUGCUUUGAUACUCAAUGGUUAGGUUUUUAGGGGAGCACAGAAAAUGGCUUGUUAUUUUCUUCAUGAAUCCUUCAGUGUUAAUGACGCGGUGACUUAAAAGAAAUAAACAGGUUAACUUGUU